AUGGCACCUAUACUUGUAUCUGCAGACCAGGCUUUAGUGGAGAAAGGUGUGGUUCAGAUAUACGUACGUGUGAGAGCCAGCCCUGCCUCAACGGUGCUACGUGUACACAGAACAGUGACUCCUAUAACUGUAGCUGCAGAACAGGAUUUACAGGACGAACUUGUGAAACAGGUGGGAAACAUCUCCUUCUUUAUCAUACACAUUGACGAGUGCGAAAGCAACCCUUGUCAUCAUGAAGCUACUUGUGUGGACGGUGCUGGCACCUACACGUGUGUCUGUAAACAAGGGUUCGUUGGAGGAACCUGUCUGAAAGAUACACGUCACUGUGACCUCAAACCCUGUCUCCACGGCGGCACGUGCGUUGAUGGAAAUGGCACCUACACGUGCAUCUGCAGCCCAGGAUUUACAGGAUCCACGUGUGAAGCAGAUACACGCCAUUGUGAUAAGCAGCCGUGUAGGAAUGGAGGCACGUGUACUGACGGACUUGGAGACUUCGACUGUGCCUGUGUGAAGGGCUUCUCAGGACUGUACUGCGAAUCAGACCUACGCACCUGUGAGGACCAACCCUGUCCCCGAGACCACGUAUGUGUUGAGAGAAAUGACACCUAUGCUUGCAUCUGCAGGGAAGGCUUUACAGGGCCCAGGUGUCAUACAGAUAUACGCACGUGUGAGGACCAGCCGUGCAUCAACGGGACCUGUGUGCCAACAGAUGACACCUAUUCUUGCACCUGUAUCACAGGCUUUACUGGAGGGACAUGUGAAACAGAUAUCGACGAGUGUGAGAGCAGUCCUUGCCAUAAUGGAGCUACCUGUGUGGAUCUGGUCGGCAGGUACAAGUGUGUCUGUAAGGCAGCAUUCUCCGGAGAGAACUGUGUUGAAGAUUUACGUCACUGUGACAGUGAGCCCUGUCUCCACGGUGGCACGUGCGUUGAUGGAAAUGGCACCUACACGUGUAUCUGCAGCCCCGGUUUCACAGGACAUACGUGUGAAGCAGAUGUACGUCAUUGCGACAAGCAACCAUGCUUAAACGGGGCCACGUGUACAGACGAAUUUGGCGAGUUCAGCUGUGCUUGUGCGGAAGGCUUUUCAGGAAUAUACUGCGAAUCUGUUUGCACGCCAGACAAGGUGGACCUUCUCUUUAUGAAAGACGUGUCAACCACAAUCACGACUCCUUACUAUAACAAAAUGGUUGCUUUUAUGAAUAAUUUACUGAAUGAGCUUGACAUCAGACCAGAUGGCAUCAACGUAGCUCUGUCUGUGUUCUCGGGCCGUGUAAAAGUGGACUUCCAUCUGGAUGAUUACAGAUACAACAAAACAGGAAUGCUACUGACUAUCAACAUGCAGACAUGGCGAGGUGGCAAGACGUACUUGGCCCUGGCUUUGGAAAUGGCAGCACACGAAGUCUUCAAUGAAACCAAUGGUGACCGACCUGAUGCCAAGAACGUUGUAAUACUUUAUACUGAUGGACGACGCACAGGAACGAUGGACAUCACCGCUGUUAUCAAAGACGUCCAAGCCAAAGCCGAAGUAUUUAUGGUGCUUACCUCCAACAAUGUCGAUAUGGAUACUGCCAGAAGGGUUGUCUCUCCACCUGCGGGGAACCACUUGUUCCAUGUUGAUGAUGAGAAUCUCGUAGACUUGUUAAAGAAGAAGAUUUCCACCGUCACUUGCAGGGGUACAUAGCGUGUGUUCCACGCUAGUGGUUGGUCACACUGUGACAAAAUGUUUGGGGCAAUCCAACUAUAAGUAAAUAAAUAUUGCAUAUGUGUGGACA